CCAUCUUCCUAUUGUACAAUCAAAACCUAUGUUAUGCACAAGAUGCACCAAGUACAACAGGCUAUAGCUGUAAUUCAAGCCAAUUUUAUCCAUGUCAAACAUAUGUCUUUUACAGAGCAAGAGGACCAGAAUUUCUUGAUUUAGCCUCAAUUGGUGACCUUUUUUCAGUAAGUAGGCUUAUGAUUGCAAAUCCUAGUAAUAUUUCUACCCCAAACACAACUCUAGUCAAUGACCAAUCCCUCAGUACCAAUCACUUGUUCUUGUAACAACAUCAAUACCACUUUUGGUAACAUCUCAUAUGCUGACUCAGGUGAUACUAUGUACAGGAUCUCAACUGUUAAGUUCCAAAAUCUCACAACUUUUCCAUAUGUUGAGGCUGUUAAUCCAACUGUUGUACUAGAAAAUAUUCAAAUAGGUCAAGCCAUAGAAUUCCCAAUUUUUUGUAAGUGUCCAAACAAAGCACAAACACAACCCCAAAACCAAAACCAACCAAGAUAUCUUAUUAGUUAUGUAUUUCAACCUUUUGACAACAUUUCUUCAAUUGCUUCAAGAUUUGGAACAACCCCACAAUCUAUAAGGGAAAUUAAUGGAAAUAAUCCCAAGAUUUUUGAUACCCUUUUCAUUCCACUGUCUAAACUUCCUAAUAUUACACAACCAACAGCUUCAAAUGGUCCUCCACCUGUCACAAAUACAACAGUAGUACAAGAAAAUGACAAGAAAGGAACAGUCAUAGGAUUAGCUAUUGGUUUAGGAAUUUGUGGGCUGCUACUGAUUUUGUUAGCUGGUUUAUGGGGUUAUAGAGAGAAGUCAGGUAAGAGUAAANGAGAGAAGUCAGGUAAGAGUAAGAGAGAAAAGUAUAGUGAUGUGGAAAGGCAGAAAAGCUUAUAUCUUGGAUCAAAAAAGGAGUCUUUAAAUAAGGAGGUUGAAGUGAAUUUAAUGGCUGAUGUUUCAGAUUGUUUAGAUAAGUAUAAAAUGUAUAAAAUUGAACAACUUUGGGAAGCAACAGAUGGAUUUGAUGAAGGGUGUUUGAUUCAAGGGUCUGUGUAUAAAGGUAUAAUUGAUGGAGAAGUGUUUGCAAUCAAGAAAAUGAAGUGGGAUGCCCGUGAGGAGCUCAAGAUCCUCCAAAAGAUUUUGAAGUUAGUCCCAGUGGCGUACCGUAGACGUGCUCGGAUUCAGUUACUAAGAGGAGACUUGAGUUAUAGCUGCAUAGCGUUCGCAGUUCUGAAGUCCCCUUCUAUCGUAUCUUAGCUGUGUAUUAUUUUUCAAA